UGAGAUUUGAGAUCCCCUCAUGUACUCUUGUGUUAUAUUAGGCAAAGACACUGCAAGCCAAAUUUCAGGUCAAUUGGACUAAUAGUUGCGUAGUUAUAUCCGUUUAUAUUGUUGUUGUUCCAUCUUAUGGCGCUAUCAUUAGUCAAGAGCCACAAUUUUUUAAUUUGACCAAAGUUUGAGCUCAUACACAUGUGGCUCGAGUUAUAGGCGGUUUAGUAAAAGUGGCCACGCCUAUUUUGAACGUUUCGACGACCCUUUGGUGAUGGCAGGUUCUGAGAUUCAUUAGGAAUUGUCUACACACACAGUGUACACAUUGCAGUGACACAUUGCAGAAGCAGAACCAUAGCAGCAAAAAGAAGAUGCCGGCAGGUGUCUCGUGAAAAACUAGAAAGUGUUAAGGUGACAUACAUGAAAUACCUUCUGCUGCACAAGGGCUACAGAGAGCCACUACAGUGCCACGAUAACUACAGUCCAACAGAGGCUGUAAACAGAACACACUCAUUACAUUCGUUCUUGUCAAUUGCCUCAGUCAGAAUUUUCUUUGUCAAAACCAGGACCCCUGCAGAGGUCCCUCUCUAUUUCCAGAAAUGAGCAUUUGUGUCUGGGCAAAGCACCAGAGGAUGAGUCCUUAAAAGAGGUCUCCCUCUGUCUGAGAGAGACCCCGGGAUAUGGACCCUCUCUCUGCUCUCUGUUGGAAAAGAAUGUGAGGUGAAGAUUUUAUUCUUUACAUCCUGACACUCACAUAUAAAAUCACAUCUAUAAUUAACUUCAUACUAAUAAUAUAUUUAGUGUACUCCUCAGGCAGGAAGCUGUGUGGUGAUGGGGCUGUUUUAAGUUCUUCCUGCUCAUAGAUUAAUUUCCAGAAAAAACACUGUCGUCACUUGUUCGUCACUGCAUGUUGAAGUUUCAUUAAACAGGAAAUAGACUGUGGUCAGUGUUUAGUCAGUUAGCGAUCCUUUAGUGCACAUUAAGACAAUUAAAUACGAGUGAGUGUGUCUAUCAGGACUGAUACCUACAGCACUGAAAGAUCAGGAUUACUGAGAGAGAAGAAUGGACAUGAGGGAGGAUAUUUAUGCAAAUGCAGAAGUUUCAGCAGAAAAUCGAGCUGUUUCCUGUGACAGUGAGAAAUCAUAUGAAGAUAUUUAUAUGAAUGAAGACAAAUUGGAGACCCAGAGGGCUAGAGGCUUUAAACAAUCUGAGAGCUCAGGAGUAGUGAGUACAAGUAGCAGAUGUUACAGACUGAGUACAGUGUGUGUGCUGCUGCUGUGUGUUCUCCUGCUGACUGCCGUCACAGUGCUGUGGAUCAAAUUCAACAACCUGAAUACAGAAUGCAACCAGCUACAGAACAGAUACAACAACCUGACUGUAGAGAGAGACCAGUUAGAGACCAGUUACAUCAACCUGACUAUAGAUGAAGACCGGUUACAGACCAAGUACAACACCCUUACUGCAGAGAGAGACCAGUUACAGACCAAGUACAACACCCUGUCUGCAGAGAGAGACCAGCUACAGAAGUAUAAAGAGGAACUACAGAAGCUCUUUAAAUCUGGAUGGACAUAUUUCAGCAACAGUAUUUACUAUAUCUCUACUGGGACAAAAAGCUGGACUGAGAGCAGACAGGACUGCAGAGAGAGAGGAGCAGAUCUGGUGGUCAUAAACAGGAAAGAGGAACUGGAUUUUAUCAAUAAAUUGCGGACAAACAGAGGAACUUGGAUUGGUCUGACUGACAGAGACAAAGAGGGCGAGUGGAAGUGGGUGGAUGAUACAUUACUGACCACUGGGUAUUGGUUUAAAGGGGAACCCAACAGUAAAGCAGGAGAUGAGGACUGUGUUAUGACAGGUACAGGGUCUGAUUCUGUCAUGAACUGGGCUGAUUAUCCCUGUAAUACUCGAUUUAUUUGGAUCUGUGAGAGAAAAAUGAUCCUCUAAAUUGCUGUAUGUGAAUGAAAAGCAGAAAAUGAAAAAUCAUUAUUACUGUUAAUAAGUCACCAGGUUUCUUCACUUGUCACCUAUUUGUUGAAAUGGUACAGAUUCUGCAGCUGUGAUGUGUACGCAUGAAUGUAAAUCUAAAGAUCAGCAAUCUGCUAAGAUGACGGUUAUGAUUUAAAUGACUUAUCAACCCUUUUUUGGGCUUUUUUUCUUUCUUUCCUUUCUUUUUCUUUUUCAAGUACUACUAGAUA